AUGGAAGAACAGUUUCGCCAGAAAAUGUAUCAGCAGUUAAUGGAUAUGCGCAGCCAGAUACUGGAAAAUAUUCUGGCUGAAAGUGCUGACUUUAUGGCUGCAACCAGCAAUGAUGCUGUAAAAGACAGUGUCGAUCUGGCCGCUAACGAUGUGGAUAUCCGUCUGCUGGAAACCAUUGGCACUCAGGAUGUGAAUCGUUUAAAGAAAGUGGAGGCCGCAAUUGGCCGUAUUAAUAAUGGGCGUUUUGGUUUAUGUGCGAAGUGCAGCAAAAAAAUUGAUGAGGAACGCUUAAGAGCAAUCCCUUACGCGCCUUUUUGCAUUCACUGCCAGAAAGGUUCUGAGCUGCGCUGA